CUUACGCUAUUGUGUUAAAGUUGAAUUUUAUUUUAUUACUCGGAUUUUAAUUAUUUACAUAAUACGAGGUUUGAGUUUAUUUACCUUCAUUUUUUCUUUACUUAACAAUACUUUUGGCGCUCACGUUGAUAUAGUCAGUUUUUAUAACAUUUGUAUUAGUGUUUGAAAUAUUGCGCCAAAAAUCGUAUCUACCAAUAACAUCAGUUAAAUAUUUUAUUUACAACUUUAAGAAAACUAUACAUAUUUGAUAUAUGUUAUCUUUAUGAUAAAAGUAUCAUCAAAUCAUAUAUUGUUUUACAUGAAGUCAGACUUUGACCUAGUGAAAAGUGUAUAAGACUGUAUAAAGUAAAAAACAACUUGAAAAUGUUGAAAUUAAAUAAUGAAAGUGUAACGGAUGAUCAGCUGAAGGAACUGUUUCCGGAUUUACCAGCAGGUCCAUUGGAUGUGUAUAGAAAGAAAGCCACAUUCGAUUGGCGUCGAAUGAAACUUGUUUUCGAUAACUUGACGACAUUAAAGUUGAAAAAUGACAUUUGGAAUUUCAUGCGUGACAACCCUCUCUUCCGGCACCAGGAAGCCACUCCCUCCUUGGAUGAGCAAAGACAUAUCACCACAAAGAGGAUGUAUGCAAUAUACAGUCAGAAUUUCAUACCCUUAACAAAGAUUGGUGUAGAGCCUAGAUUGUUCCAAGCGGAAGCUGAAGCGUUAUUCAUGUUUGACAGUUCCCUAGCUGUGAAAAUAUCAUUGACCUUCCGUAUGUUCUCGAAUGUGAUCCAAGGCAGUGGUCGCAGUCAUCACUACUCUUACAUAGAGCAGUCGCAGCGAGGGGAGAUAGGAGGCUGUUUUGCAUUGACUGAAGUAUCCCAUGGAUCCAAUGCUAAAGGCAUGAGAACUACUGCCACCUAUUGUCCGGAUAAGAAACAGUUUAUCUUGCAUACACCGGAUUUUGAGGCCGCAAAGUUCUGGAUAGGAUCAUUAGGCAAAUGCGCGACACAUGCGAUUGUGUACGCAAUGUUGAUCUCCAAAGGCAAGAACCACGGUCUGCAUACGUUCGUCGUACCAAUCAGAGACCCCAAGACCCUGAAGCCAUACCCAGGGGUCACUGUGGGGGACAUCGGAGAGAAGAUUGGACUUAACGGCGUUGAUAAUGGUUUUGUAAUGUUCAACAAGUACCACUUGCCUAAGGAGGCUGCAUUAGACAAGUUUGGUGGUGUGGAUGACAACGGAGACUACAAAACUCCUUUCCGAGACCCUAAAAAGAGGUUUGGUGCCUCAUUGGGCAUUCUGUCAGGCGGCAGAGUGCACAUCACAUCGAUAUCCGCCAACUACAUGCAGAAGGCCAUCGUGAUCGCAAUCCGCUACUCCGCCGUCAGGAGACAGUUCGGACCUGACAACUCCAGCGAGGAGCUGCCCGUGCUGGAGUAUCAGCAACAGCAAAUCCGUCUGGUGCCGCACCUCGCCACCACCUUCGCGAUGAGGAUAUUCUGCACCUGGUUCGGUGCUCUGCAUGUCUCUAUCACCAUAGACAAUAUCACAGGUGGAGGUGGAGGUGAGGAUGCAGCAAGUCGGGGUAUAGAGCUGCACGCGCUGUCGUGUGCGGCGAAGCCGGUGUGCGCGUGGAGUUCGCGCGACGCCAUACAGGCAUGUCGCGAGGCUACCGGGGGACAUGGAUAUCUCAAAGCGUCGGCUCUGGGUGAGCUGCGCAACGACAACGAUGCGAACUGCACGUACGAGGGAGAGAACAGCCUCCUGCUGCAGCAGACCAGCAACUGGCUGCUGACCGUCUGGCCGCGCCGUCACCACCUCACACCUUCCGACCAUCCCCUCGGCUCCCUGCACUUCCUCGAGAAUGCUGACCACAACCUGACAAAGACUUGCCCCUGGACGAAGGUUGAGGAUAUGAUGGAGCCAGCCAAUAUAAUCGAGAUAUACAAGUGGCUGAGUGCGUACUCGCUGAAGACGACGUACGAGAAGGUGUCGAGCCUGAAGGCGGCCGGCAGAGACAACUUCCACGCCAAGAACGAGUCGCAGCCGUACAACGCUGUCACACUCUCUGCUGUAUAUGGAGAGAACUUCAUUUUGAAUCACUUCUACAAGAGUGCUGCAGAUUUCCAUGAGGUGGAGUGCAGGAAGGUGUUGGUGCAGCUGGUCGCGCUGUACGGCGCAUUCCUUCUUGAGAAACAUCUCGCCACGUUGUACAUUGGCGGGUACCUGUCAGGAAGUCAGGGCGUGCUGGUGCGGGAGGCGGCGGUGCGGCUGAGCACACAGCUUGCCCCCGCCGCGCCCGCGCUCGCCGACACUCUCGCCCCGCCCGACUGGUGCCUCAACUCUCUGCUCGGACACUCAGAUGGACAGGUGUACAAGCACCUGCAAAACAGCGUGAUGACGUACCCGGGGGCACUGGCGCGCCCGCAGUGGUGGCGCGACGUGGUGCACUGGCAGACAUAUGCCCCCUCCAAACUAUAACAACCAACGAAUGUUACACGCCUCUUACACUAGUUUUUACACACUGCAGACAAAAUGAUUUUACAUAUCACAUACUAAAAUCAAAGUUAUAUUACAUUUUACACACUAUAUACAAGGUUAUUUUACACACUCCAAAUUAUUUUACAUUUUACAUACUACAAACAAAAUGAUUUUAUACAUUCCAAGAGAAUAUUUUUACGUUUCACAGACUUCAAAUGAUUUUUUUUUCAUAUUAAAAUGUCACGUUUGAUUUAGCAUUUUACACACAAAAGACAUGAGUAAUGAUUACACAAAAAAUACGUUAAGAAAAAGUGAUAUAAAAUUAUUUUAUAAUGUUUUAUAUUAAGAGCUUUAUAUAAUGUGAUGGGUUAUUUUUGUAU